AUGGCAGGGUUAAACAUGAGGACCAGUCCCAAAGUAUAUAAAAUCCUAGUAGUCGGCGAAAAAGGAGUUGGCAAAACAAAAAUAAUCGACCAAUUCAUCCUAAACACCUUCGUCGAAGACUACGACGGCCUAAUCUGGACCAACUACAGGAAACAAAUCGUCCUCGACAACCGCGUCGCCUUCCUCGAUGUCUCAGAUACAAUCACCCCUUCCGACGCCGAGAUGGAGGAUUACCUGCGCGCGGGCUGGGAACACCAGAUCCCAUGCAGAUACUGCGCUGCUGAGCUGGGUGUGCCGGCUGCGGUGGGGGAGGACGGGGAGGUUGAUGAGGUGGUAGGAGGUGCAAGGGAGAGCAAGAAAGCGAGGCCGAUCCAGAUUGUUUUGGUGGGGAAUAAAUCAGAUUUGAACAGUGGCCGAGAGGUGACAGUCAAAGAAGGCAUUGAGCUUGCGAAGAGCUUCAGGUGUAGUUUCGUUGAGACGUCUGCUAAGGAGGGGUAUAAUAUUGUCAAGGCUCUUCAUGACCUCAUUCGUGCUGUGGAUAAGGGGGCAGCGGACGAGCAGCAGUGUGGGGACAAGGGGUCUGCGGCGGCUGUGGCUGGGUUCCGUUCGAGGUUAGGUCGCCUUGCACGGUCACUUCGGCUUAAGAAAAACUAA